CCGCCCGAUAAUAUAAAUGAAAACGGAACGCCGUGCCCUCGCCUCUUCCGCGUGAGUACUAGCGGUGUAUCGCGAGCUCGCCCACGAACCGCCACGCCUACGAGCGACGCGUUCUCCGAAGGAAAGAAGAAACACUCGGAGGGCCACAAUUACGCCGCUACCGCGACGCCCGACAUUCAAAGCAGAAGAAGCCUCAAGGCGCACGAGCGCGCGCUCGCAAGCCGCGGAACACCUUGCAUCACCCAGCGGCAUUUGUGGUCACGUGGUAUGAAACAGGCGCUGCUAUUGGGCCACAACGUUGCACCGCAGCGCCCCCGCACCCGUUUUGCCUUCCCCUGUCGCCCCCUCCCCAGCGUGUCGUCUGCUCUUCAUGGCCGGCCGCCCGGCGUCUGCUCCGGUUUCCAAGUUCGCCGGUGAUUUAGGCGCGUAUAUUAGUGAGGUUUUCAUGUCGUUUUAGUUUAGAUUAGUCAACUAACACGGGGGCUACUUGAAACUGGUGACCUCCAGCUCCAGCUGUGCGCUAUUUAGUGGGUUAUCCAGAAAAGCUGCCGCUUUCGAACGCGUGUCAAGAUGGGUUCGUCGUCCGGCAUCUGGGUGUUCGGCUACGGAUCGCUCGUCUGGAACCCCGGGUUUGACUUCGUGCGCAGCCAGAUCGGCUACAUCCGUGGCUAUGACCGGAGGUUUUGGCAAGGCAACGACAAGCAUCGGGGAACGCCGGAGAAGAUUGGCCGGGUGGCGACUCUCGUCGAACGCGAAGAGGGUCAGGUGUGGGGCCGGGCCUUCCUGCUGAGCGACGACGACGCCAGUGCGCGAGACUCCCUCGGCUACCUCGACAAACGCGAGGCCCAGCUGGGCGGCUACUCGGUCCGCUUCGUCCAGUUCCGGCCGAGGGACCCGCGAGAGGAAGCCUUCCCGGCCCUCGUGUACAUCGCCACUCCCAACAACCCGCUCUACUUGGGACCAGCCAGUGCCGUCCAGCUGGCCGACGAGGUCCUGGCGGCCCGGGGCUUCUGCGGCGCCAACGCCGAGUACGUGCUCAAGCUGGCACGCUUCAUGAAGGAGGAGGUUCCGGACGCCUGGGACGACCACCUCUUCACGCUCGAGUCCCUGCUGAGGACCAGGCUCAAGGACUCGUGGAAGGCCCUGCAGGAGAUGAGCGCCUACGAGGCGCCCAUGUCGGCCUGGGAGCAGCUGCGACGGUUCUCCCUGUUUUCGGACAACGGCGACGUCCAGGAGGAACAGGGCGGUGACGCUGCGGCGGGCCCCGCGGCGGAAGUGACCAGUGACUUCGUGUCGAACGUGCCUACCAGAAAGCUGAGGUGCCUGGACAUUUGAUCAGACACUGUUCUGCUCGGGAGACACCUGUGCCUCCUGCCGUCCUCGUCGUCCGCCUCGUUUGGAUGCCGAAGAAAGAGCUGUCAAGGGGAACUGGAAUGGGACUAUAGUAAUGUGAAGGAAACUUUUCCUUUACUGUGCUUGGUGGCUAUAGGAUGUAACUGCAGUCCCUGAUAUGUCAUUCAGAGAGAUUCAAGGUGUCCUGGUUGUUGUGUGGCAUGCGUGUCAGACCAAGGUCUGAUGUGUAAGAAUCGCGCUUAUUUGUCCAGGACUAUGGCUUUGCUUUGGCUAUGCUUUGCUUUGACUGAGGCUUUGCCCCGCAGCAUAUCGGCGAUGAUCUCUUGAAUGACCAGUGCCCGGUGAUGCCCGCCAUGGAAUUCGUGCUUGUUUAUCUUAAUUGGCGAGACCUCGAGUACCUCACUGACGCUGCCUCCGUUAAACAGCAUGAACUUGACCGGAACACAACUGAAAAAUUUAAAGCUAUUCAGGAAGCUUGGUUGUUCUUAUAAUAUACAUUACGAUAUUAUCCUCAAAGUCCUAGUGAUCACUUUCACCUUGGUCACGUUUCGGCAGAAAGUCGUACUGAGCUCGUCGUUUUUUGUGGUUGGGUGACGCAAACGCUCCUCUGAGGAACCAGUUUGGCGCACCCUCAUGAUCACCAGCGAGGUAACUGUUGCGAUUGUUUCGUGGCAUUCCUGCAACGCUGCUAUUCGGUGCCGUGUUUCUCUGAAGGGCUAGAUGCUGGUGAGGCGUGCUUUAAACUGACUUUCUUUGUGUCAAGGGUACGUCAGAGAUCUGGCUACUUUUGUGGCUAUCUAGAUGUGGCAGGAGGCUGUUGAAGGGACGCUUAAAGUCGACAAACAAUCGAUACUUUAAAAUUACAAUCUCGUAAAACUCACAAUGUUUUAUUUAAUUUCUUAACUCAACCAAACGAUUAGCAGAAACGCUAGAGACUAAAAAGAACCACAAAAAUUUUGCAAUUCGAGUCGGCCACGACCUAUUGUUGACUUGGACGGUCAACGGAGUUAUUGUUUUCUAACAUAUACUAAGGACACAUUGGAACCGACAAUGCACAGUGGUGAGCGCAUGGGAGGGAACGCUGAAUUCGUUUUAGGCAGCGAUUAUACAUGACGUCUGAGUUCAAAUGCGACGCGGGAACAUGUAACAGGCAGCUUUCCCGUUGAAAACUUGGCCGCAUUGAACUUUGAUGCGAAGCAUGUCUGUUUUGCCACUACGGUCUUUCGAAGGCAAUUAUAUGUUCCCUUAUAUAUCGCUCGAGGGGGCUCUUGGUAACUCUUGGUUGCCACAUUGAUUUUACAGGGAACUUGAAUGCUCGAUUAUACUGUAUUGCCCUCUAUAUAGCUGCCCGGUUCCGUUGUGCUGGCUGCCAUGAUUUAAUAAAUGGUUGUAGGACGCUUUGAACGCGAAUAGUUGUGCAAGAAAGCUUUGGCUGUUUCCGGGGCCUCAAGACCAAUUUAUUGUUGCAACCUAAAUAAAAGAAAAAAAAGAAAGGACCAAAUGUGUUAAACACGGGCAUACUCAAUUACAUUGCUAUUUUUCUGACAGCGAUUUUCGUGCUUCUCGCUACAGUAUUUAAGGACAUGAUGCAUAAUUUAAGUUCCUAGGUCAAUUUGAUUUUGCAUGUAUGUUUACUCAGAGUGGUUGUUAGGUUGUCUUGAAACAUUGAGAGUGUUUGUAUUUAUUUUUCGAACUUGCUGCACGAGCCUUAUAACGGCACCUUUAAAUAGUUCGCAAUGUUUUUGCUAGCUAGCCAAAGCUCCACUAAGGGGAAUUACACGGCCUCGCCAUGGCGUCGAAGUGCUCAACGAAAAACUACAGGGCACUACACCCAAUAGCACCAUUCGUAUUCACACGAUGGCAGACACAGGGGCAUUAGCCUUGCAAAAAAGUGCAGUUACUGAAUGUCUUACUCGCGACUAAUAGGCACAGACUAUAUGUUGUUCACUGUACUUGUAGCCUGGAAGUGACCGAUGUAUCCAUCCACUCACCGAGCGGUUAGCAUGUCGCAUUUCAUUCGAGGUGUUACCUUUAUUCAAGCACAGACGAUUGAAAUAUGGUGUGCCCAGACCAGUUGCAAACGCAUACGUUUAAUCGGGCAAUGUUCCCAAUGCCUGUCAAAUGCCUACAGUCGAUGCCAGUCGUCACUCGCAACCAACAGUGCCAGUGACUGUGUAAUUUCACGUUAGGUACGGUCAGUAGAAGUUAUCGUGCUUGAAAUCUUGAAAGGCCUCGAAUAUAACGCGAAUCAAUCACGGGAAUACUACUAAAAGCACGUUAGACUACGCAGGCAUUCUCAUCAGCUGUGUGAGUGCAUCACACUUUCCAUUCAACGCGGAAUGGUUGGAUAUUAACUUCUGUAUUCAGAAAUAUACCCUAACUUGAAGCCCGUGCUUGACGUUGAUCGAGAUAACGCCUGGCGUGAACAUGCCCAAGAUGCUAAUUGCCUUUAUUUGGCGCGUUCAUCUUCGCCACGCAAAACAUAGACUUCAAGUUAAGACUUAUUUCUGAAUGAGGGUUAAAGAGAGUUCUACCUUACCCGUAUAACGUACCACUCUUUCGCGGAAUACCGCGGUACCGCAGACGUGAAGGGCAGUAACAAAACAGGCAGCGAUACCUUGUGGUGAUUUCUCUAACAACAACGCGUUAGAAAGAUUUUCAUCUUACAAAGGUUGGGCUCGUCGAAGGAAAAGAAAUCCGAGAACACCUAAGCACUUCUUGCGAGUUGGGAAUGUGAAAGCAUUAAUGUUCCGUGAAACGCCGCUGAGUGGUCCUUAGAGUUGUGCGCUCCGAGCCAGCAGGCAGCAGCAGCCUGCAGCACCAACGCCGCAUGCCAGCGAUGCCCUACGCGACGAGACCGAGGAAGCAGCGGCGACCACCACGGCCGGUAGGGCGCGCGCGGUAGCUAAGCCCAGUGGGGUGAGAGAGAGAGAGAUACUGACCGCGCGCCGGCUUCCGAAAGCGAGAUGGCGGCAACCGCGCGCUAGCUUCACGCGAUUGCCUCCACCCACAAGAACCCGUCUCGCCCCGUGGCGUCACGUCACCGUAUCGGCUCCGUCGAGGCGCGCUCGUGACGUGGCGUCGCAGCCAAUGGGAAUUUAGGUACCGUUUCGCUGCUACAGACGCCGCCUUUCUCUCGCAAUGGGCCAUUCGAUGUUCUCGCAUCAAAUAGGUUGCAUGUUGACGCUGAUAUCACUACCGAUGCCUUACACCACAAGAUAAGUAGACGAAUGCUCGGUAACUGUAAAUACAGUUAUUUGUCCUCUGUGAAUAAUCUCUGCGCCACGAGAUGAUUCCACCAACUCGGCUGCUCAGGCCUGCGUCUCCGGUUCCGUGAAGGUCAAUACGUUACACGGACAGAUUAAAACUCCCUACUACGGCAUAACUGCGGUUACGUGCACAGGUCGUCUUGGGAUCUCAAGUCGUCGCAUGUUAGUAAUGUUACCGUGAGUCUCUUAAGUGGCCUUCGCAAUGUUAACAUAUUUUCUCGUACAUACACUCGCAUGUGCACCUGGAAGUGUUCGGUUUUCUCUUGGAAACACACGCGCGUGGUGUUCUUGCACUUGCGGUGCUCGUCUGUGAUAUAACCUUCGUUCCUUUUAAUCUGUGACUUUCUUGUAUCGCACUAUUGUGCAAGCGAAUGUGUUUCACCAUGGGUGUUUAAUAAUCAAAACACUCUGCUAAUAAAAGAUCUUUCUUUCACGAAGCAAAA